AUGACUCGUGAACAGAUCGAGUACAUUAAAGAUGGAUGGUUUCGUGAAAUCCACGAAACAAGCUUUCCAGGACAGGGAUUGGAGCUCAAAGUUGAGAAGAUAUUGUAUCAUUCGAAAAGUGAAUUCCAAGACAUUUUGGUAUUUCAAAGUGCCAGUUACGGCAAUGUUUUGGUUCUGGAUGGAAUCAUACAGGCCACAGAACGGGACGAAUUUGCGUAUCAAGAGAUGAUAUCGCACAUUCCUCUUUAUGCACAUAAAAAUCCGAAAAACAUCUUGGUAGUUGGCGGCGGUGAUGGCGGUGUGCUUCGGGAGGUUGUCAAACACGAGUGUGUCGAUACUGUGACUUUGGUGGAGAUAGACGAAUCGGUAAUAAAACUAGCCAAAAGAUACCUUCCAGGAAUGGCAUGUGCAUUUGACAACGAAAAGGUCAAUGUAAAAUUGCAGGACGGGUUCCAAUAUCUCCGAGACAUGGCACAGACCGAGCAGCGAUACGACGUUAUCAUCACUGACUCUUCAGAUCCGGAGGGUCCCGCAGGCGCGUUUUUCCAAAAGGACUAUUUUCAGCUUCUGCACAGUGUGCUAAAUGAAAACGGUAUCGUGAUAGCUCAGGCCUCAGAAAACAUGUGGCUAAACCUGGACUAUAUUUGCGAUCUUGUAGCGAGUGCAAACUCUGUUUUUGCACAGGUCGACUACUGUUAUACUACGGUCCCCACAUACACGUCAGGCCAGCUGGGUCUGAUAGUUUGUGCCAAAAAUGGCACCACAGACUUGAAGCACGCAAUUCGUCAGCCAUCCAAAAAAGAGCAGUCUCAGAUGCGUUACUACAACGCACUGAUGCACUCAGCAUCAUUUGUGUUGCCCACCUGGGCUCACCGCCAAGUUCAUAGAUCACGUAACCCAUAG